AUGAGUUUUGAUGAAACUACUCAGGAAGAUGGGGAGGAGGAGCAGGCCGUAGCUGCUGUCUCGCUUGCUCAAGUAAAACACAUUAUUCUCAUAUUGUCAGGUAAAGGUGGGGUGGGCAAGAGCUCAGUAACCAUUCAGACGGCACUAUCCCUGUGCAUAAUGGGCUACAAAGUCGGUGUACUCGACAUUGAUUUAACGGGCCCCUCACUACCUCGGAUGUUUGGACUAGAGGGCAAAUCUAUCUUUCAAGGUGCGGAUGGUUGGAUGCCCGUUAAAGUGGAUACUAAUGCUGAAGCAUCUCUGAGCGUGAUGUCUCUAGGGUUUUUGCUUGGUGACAGAGGCAACAGUGUGGUUUGGAGGGGUCCCAAAAAGACAGCUAUGAUAAAGCAGUUUAUUAAAGACGUUUAUUGGGGUGAGUUAGACUAUUUACUGAUUGAUACGCCUCCUGGGACAUCCGACGAACAUAUCUCGAUUGCAGAAAAUCUACGUUAUGCCGAGCCCGAUGGGGCUCUCGUCGUAACAACACCGCAGAGUGUUGCAACUUCUGAUGUCAAAAAGGAGCUGAAUUUCUGUAAGAAGGUGAACCUAAAUGUCUUGGGUAUCAUUGAGAACAUGUCUGGUUUUAUCUGCCCGUACUGUGCAGAAUGUACGAACAUAUUUUCAAGUGGUGGGGGAGAAAGACUAGCAAAAGAGUUUGAGGUGCCUUACUUGGGGAACAUCCCGAUAGACCCCAAGUUUGUGGAACUAAUUGAAAACCAAAAGACAGAAGAAAAGACCUUAACUGAACUGUAUGAGGCGUCACCAAUAUACCAAAUUUUCAAGGAUAUAAUGCAAAGAGUUUUGGACCAAAAGCAUCCUGGACGUAUGAGUUAA